UGACAGGACAGGACACUCAAGUCAAAAUCAUUGACUUCGGCUGUUCCCUCCAUUUGUCCCAGGCAAUGAUUGGCCACAACUUCGGGACCCUCCCGUACAGAUCCCCAGAGGUCAUACUGGGUCUCCCAUUUACAUGCAUGAUUGAUAUGUGGUCCCUGGGUUGCAUAGCAGCUGAAUUGUUAAUUGGCGACCCCCUUUAUCCCGGCUACACCGAGUAUGAUAUGUGGGCAUACAUCAUACAUACCCAUGGUGAGCUUCCUGAUGCUAUGCUGGACCAAGGAAUCAAAAGCCAUUUGUGUUUCACCAAAGGAUCAGUCUGGAGACUCAAGACGCAACAGGAGUAUAAGAAGAGUAUGAAGAAAAUAGGGCUCAAGCGGCGACGGCCCAGAUCGUCCUUUUUCAUCUCCCUGGAGGAAGUUGUCGAGGUAGGAUAUGAGCCAGGCCAAACUAUCCCGCCGAGCUUCACAGACCUGUUGAAGAGGAUGCUCCAUCUGGAUUGUGACCAGCGCAUCACUCCACACGCACUGCUGGAGCAUCCCUUCAUCAGCCUGGGGACAGAGAUCCAGACCGACAGCAGCUGUCCUGAGCCCACUCUGGUCCAGCCUUACAGCAGCAGCCCUGAGCCCACUGUGGUCCAGCCUUACAGCAGCAGUCCUGAGCCCACUGUGGUCCAGCCUUACAGCAGCAGCCCUGAGCCCAGUGAGGACCAGCACUACAGCACUUGCCCUGAGUCCAGUGUGGACCAGCACUACAUCAGCUGCCCUGAGCCCAUUGUGGACCAGCCCUGCAGUCUACCUGUUACCCACACACCUUCUGUGUCAGAGGCACAGAGGAAGGCCCCAGUAGACACCACAGACAGUGGCAAAGGCACUGCAUCCAUACUUACCGCUUCCUAUUGUGUUGCCACGGAGACUGAGGAGGUCAAGAAAGCCUUAGCAGACAUCCCACUAGAUGUCACCUCAAAGAACGAGAAGCAGAAACAGGGCAGAGUAAAGAGGUUCUUUAAGACGGUGAUGAAGUCCUUCUGCUGCUGUUGCUGCUUUGCCCAUGGGGACCUGGACUAA